UGUCAACGUCAUAUUAAACGAUUGACGUUAUCGGUUCUGUUCUGGCCGAAAUAAAAUUACUAAAAACAUGCGGAAUAAAAAUAAAAAUAUCUCCAAAAUGAAGCCAUCGAAGAAACUAAAUAUGAAAUCGCAGAAAAUCAAGAAGAAACCUAUAGCCAAGCCUAAAAAACAAGAUGUAUUAAUAGUGGCUCAAGAAAUAAAAUUUGCUCGACUACUCGCUGGGAACGAGAAAAAAUCACGCGAUCGUGUGCUCAAAACACUGAAAAAAUGGCUUGUAAACUGUUUUCAGAAAGGACACGAAUUCAAAGAAGAAGAUUUCAUCCGAUUGUGGAAGGGCCUGUUCUAUGCUGUGUGGAUGUCUGACAAACCUUUAGUACAGGAGGAGUUAUGCGAGAACAUCUCGGGCAUCCUGGACCAGUUCCCGCCCGAGCAGGUCGGCCACGCUAUAAUGAUGGUGAAAGCUGGUUUCCGAGUGCUGGCCACGGAGUGGUACGGGAUUGACCAACAUAGGAUGGAUAAAUUCUUAAUGCUUGUGCGCCGCUACCUCCGCGGCAGCUUGCGGUGUCUCCUCCGCUGCGAGUGGAGUCUCGACGCUUGCAAGAAGUACAGUAAAAUGCUAACAGCGCCUGAUGGUAUCUUAGCACUAAAAACACCGCACUACGCCAGGAAUGCUACGUCAAUGGUCACACAUUUUAUUGAAUGCUUCCUGGAGGAAUUAGCCAAGGUGUCGUCAGGUUCCCUCCCGGCGUCGAGCACGGCGGAGCUCCUGCAGCCGUUCGUCGCGCACGCGAGCUGCGGCGCCGCGCUCAGCGCCGCGAGCCGGCGCCUGCUGGCGGCGCUGCUGCGCCAGAGCGAGGCCGGCCUACGGUACGCUGAGGCCACGCGCGCUUGGCACAUGAUGGGGUGCCCGCGCGGCGGUCCUGAAGCAAUGCAAUUGGUGGUAGACGAUGAUGAUGAUGAGGACAGCGACGGUGAAGACAACAGUGACGAUGAUGGCGGCGAGAAGCCCUUAGACCCGCGCGCCGGCCGCGUGCACGUGUCGCUGGCGAGCCUGCGCGUGCCCGCGGCGGAGGUCGCGGGCGCGCUGCGGGACAUGUUGCCCAACACCGCUUCCAAGGCGCAUCGGAGGACCAAGAUCUAUUUGGAGAGAUUCGAGAAAUUGGCAAAAAACGAGUAUCCGUUACCGGUAGAGGAAGUGUAUGAAGAAGACGAAACGCCCGCGACGUGGCAGCCGACGCGGGCUGCGAAGGAACUCCGGAAUACUGAGAGGGCGUUGGUGGAGCAAGCUGACGAGUUGGCUUUGAGAGGUCUGAGUCGCAAGCACCGCAGACGGCUGUUGGCCCGGACGCGGGCAGGACUCAGCAUUGUGGAAGACGUCGCGCUGCUGUACACUAAUGGGGAUUGGACGAUCGAAUCAACGGAAACUGAAAGUGCCGACACAUCAAACAAAGAAAACGUGCAAAACAAAUCGAAAAAACGCAAACGCAAAGACACACAGACAGACACAACUAAAAAGCAAAAAGUUGACGAAGCUACGAGAAAAAUUAAAGCGGAAAAGAAGAAGAAUGACAGGAAAAUCAACAUGCUCGUGAACAAAAGAGACAACAAGCUAAAGAAGAUACAAAAAGAUUUAGCCAUGGCAGAUAGCAUCAAAAACUUCUUCGAGAAUCGCAGUAAAAAGGAGAAAACAGAUAAUAGUGCAAAAGGAAAAGUGAAAAAUGAACCGAAAACUAUAAAAAUGGUAGAGAAACCUACCAAAGUGGUAGAAAAACCUACCAAAGUGGGCGAAAGUCCUACCAAAGCGGCAGAAACGCCUGCCAAAGUGGUAGAAAAACCUACCAAAGUGAAUGAAAAGCCAACAAAAGCUGCAGGAAAAGUUACCAAAGUGGUGGAAAAGUCUGCAAAGGUAGCAAUAAGUGUAGAAAAAGUAGAGAAUGUUAAGCAAAAUGUAGAUACGGCGAUGAAAACGACAGUUGUCGCGAAGAAAGUGAAGAACUUCCAAAAACAGACGACGAGUGAUAACAAGCAAGAGUUGCAGAAGAUCAUGGCGUUGAGUACGCCGAAAAGGGUGAAGUUCGCGUUGAAGAACAACACAUACCAGCAGCCGGCGCAGUACCGACGCCUUGUGCGCGCGCAGCCCGCGCUGCCGUACGACGCAGCGCGGGCUCCCGCGCGCGCCACUCUCAAGCCCGCGCCGCCCGCGCACAGGAACCCCUUUACUAGGACAGGGAAAUAGAUUCGAUGUCGGAUUAAAUGAAUUGUUCAAAUA